CGCUCUUCGCUCUCUUCUCAACCCCCUUCACAAGCACUACUUGGACACAUCACUAACAAACACCACAACCCAAUAAUCAAAUCAACCAUGAGCUCUGCCAUCACAAUCACCGCUGUCGCCGCGCCCACUUCCACCAACACUGCCGCCAACACUGCCCCCUUCUGCGCGACUUGCCGUGGCCCUUGCCGAUUCAACACUCGGUUCAACGCCACUACCACCUUCCCAUCGACGAUCUGGCCUGGCGCAGUUGCUGCCACUGCCACUGCCACCCCUGCUGCUGCCGCGAAUGUUACCACCGGUGCACCGAUUGCAACCACUCCUGCCAAGGUUACCAAGGCCAAGGCUCGCCGCCCCGUUCAAGCUGUCGAGCGCACCAUCAUGACCCGUGCCUUCUCCCGCAAGCAGCAGAUCGCCAUGAAGCAGCAGCUCCAGCAGCCGCAACGAGCAGCAGUUGCAGUUGCCGCUGCUCCUUCGAGCCCCUCUGCAAUGCGCCGCACGCACACCAUGCAAAACACGAUUGCAGACUCGCUCGCUGUGCUGGCUGCCCAUCCUGAGCUCGCCAUGGCCAUCGCUGCGCUGGCCCGCAACAGCAACAGCAACAGCAAGGCUGGACGCCGCUCGCAGCCUGCCGACACUCUUGCCAGCCCAAGCCGAACACUUCGCUCGUCCGCCAAGUUUGGUCGCCAACUGCGUCCUCGCGUGCUGGCUGUCUCCGCAUGAACCAAAAAAACCAAAAGAUUGUGUGUAGCUAUGUUAAAUGUUAGAUAGAUGGAUUCAGAACCUGCUUUGCUUGCGUGUUGUUUCAUAACGA